AUGUCCUCUCGUGUGUUUCUCCCCACCCGCUCAUCUCUCUCUUCGCAGCUCAAGAAGGGUCCGGUACACCCUUCUUGUGGCAUCCUUCCUUCGUCCCCCUCCGCCGUCCGGACACGACGCGACACUCCUUUGCCGGCCCUCGAUAAGCGUGCAUGUGUUGGGAAGCAAGUAAGCUCCAAGUCCUCUCGUUCUGCUGUGCCUUCGAGCACGUUCACUCGUUCUGUAGUGCCUCCAAGCCCGUCCUCAUCUUCUGCCAGUCCAGUAAAGCCUCUCAAGUAUCUCACUCGUCGUUCUUAUGCUUCUUCCACUCGUUCUUCUGCUGCUGCUGCUGCUUCUUUCACCCCUUCUGUCCAUUCUGUGUCCGCAGCACGAGACACGUCCACUCGUUCUUCUACUUUCAGUCGUUCCCUUCCUUCCCGUGGUUGCCCUACCACAUCCACUCCUUUGUCUGUGCGUUCUGAGAAGAAUGCGUCCACUCGUUCCACCUCCACACUGCCCCCAGCAAAGCCCCUUCAUGGUCGUUCCUUUGCCCCUCGUGGCCAACCAGCCACAUCCGCUCCUUUGCCUGUGCGUUCUCCCGAAAAAACGUCCAUUCCUUCUGCUCGUUACUCCAAGUCUGGCCUUCGCCUUCGUUCUCUGCCUGGUAAAACUAGCGCGUCCACUCGUUCUACACCUCCUGUUCCCCCUUCCCCUGUCGUUCGUUCGACUCCAGUCGCUCGUUCUACUACUUCCACUCCAGUCACUCGUUCUGCAGCUCCCACUCGUGUCACUCUUUCCAAUCUUGCUGCUCUCCGUGAAACUCGCCAGGCUCGGUUCGCCGCCCUGGCUCGACAGCGGAGCACGCCAAUCGAUGCAGUCCUUGCAUCCACCGCAGCCCAGACUGCGGUUCGUAAGGACAAGUCGAGGAAGCGUGUUCACUUUGCCGAGACCAAGUCAGUCGUUACCAUUUCUCGUUGGAUCGUUCCUGGUGUUCAUAUUUGGGGUCCUGGGCAGACCACCCCUUGGUUGUUACUCGAACGGCCGACGGAUGCCAUCGCGACGCGAUCGAGACAGACGAACGGUUUUUGUUGGCUCGAGGGUGUACAGGCUCGGAAUGUGGGCGAGCGGCAGCACCACGGACGACGACAGAGGCAUGGUCCCGGUUGA